GGAACAUACAAUCAAACUUCUCAUGCUUGCUUUCUAAGUCUACCAGACUACCAGCUUCUUCUAAGAGAAGGAUCAGCAUCUCCAACCUCGGGCUACGACCAGCAGAGCAGUACUACUUCUUCACACAUGCUACUCGAGCCGGCUUGUGGGAAGCAAAAGAGAAAGGCGGGAAGGAAGAAGUUUCAGGAGACGCGCCACCCGGUCUACCAGGGCGUCCGGCAAAGGAAUGGCAAGUGGGUGUGUGAGCUGAGGCAACCGAACAAGAAAUCUCGCGUGUGGCUCGGGACCUUUUCUAGCCCGGACAUGGCUGCUAGCAGGGCUUACGACGUAGCUGCCUUGGCUCUCAAGGGAGAGUCCGCUUCGUUGAAUUUUCCUGAAGCGGCGAGUGCUUUACCGCGCGUUAAAUCGUCGUUUUCCAUAAGGGAUAUACAGUGUGCUGCUUUGGAGGCUGCAGAGGCAUUUUCCAAUGAUGUAAAAGUAAAACCAUCUUCUGCUUCCUCGUCCUCGUCAGUUGGCUUGUCCAUUCCAUGCUCAGAGAAGGUUCCCAGAGCUUCUAGAAAAUCGUUUAUGGACGAGGAGGAGUUGUUUAACAUGCCGGGGUUACUUGACAGCAUGGCGGAGGGGUUGAUCGUCACCCCGCCGGCCAUGCAGAAGGGGUUUAAUUGGGAUGAUUUGGAAAAUACUGUGGACCUCACUCUGUGGAGUGACUGACUAAAUUUAAUAUACACAUGAUUUAAAUUACUGUGAGAAGAGAAA